CAAGUGUUGCGCUAUUCGACUAUCAGUAAAUGGGCUUGAGCUGUCUUCGAAUGUAUAGAGAGACCGGUUGAUUCAGUUCUAAAAGCAUGUCCGCAAGGUUGACACUGGUGACACUGGCAGUGGCCAUUUACGCAUCUGCAGUGGAUGGAUCACCCAACUACACAUAUUCCGAAGAGACGAUGGAGCUGAUCGAAUCCCUCGAAAAGCAAUGUCUGCAGCGAACGGGAUCGUCGGAAACGUUCGAAAAGUUGGUGGCCGGAUAUACGUUUGCACCGAUGUGCUUCGCUGGUUAUUUGGAUUUGGACGGGCUUGACAGUGGUUUUGAUGAGCUGGACGACUCAAAUCGGGUUCAAUAUUUCGAUACCUAUUGUCCCCAGCUGAACCAGUCCUUGCAGUGUGUUAAUCCGAUGUUCGAUUUGCUGCGGAAGUGUUGGGAUGGAGAGGAGUUGGCGUUUUGGGAUAUCAUGUUCAACAUGGUCCCGGAAGCGUUGAAUCUGAUCUGCAAGGAUCAUGGCGAGAUCUUAUUCAGGCUCGGUCGUCCAGAUUACGACAUGUGCAAGACAAGGUUUGAAGACUACGCUGUGGAAUGUACCGACAAGAUCUCCAACUACACCGAGACGAUGAAACUAUCCAAACUCAAUGAAGACCAGUGCUACGAGUUGAGAGAAUUCCGCAACUGCGCUGCGGAGAAACUCAACAUCUGUAAAGGAUCCGGUAUCAUCGAGUUGGCAGAUGUUUUCUACAAACCGUUGAUGAAAGCCAGCUCAUGUGCAAAGUACAUCGAUUCGGAGCCAAACAACCCAGUUGGUACAAAUGAAAUUUCAUGAAAUGUCAAAAGUAUUUAGCAGAUGGCUAAGCGAAAUAAAAUUGUAUUACAUGAAAAAA